AUGAGUUGCUUAAGUUGGAACUGCUGGGGGCUUGGGAACUCCCGGACAGUUAGAGAACUUCACCUUUUGGUGAAGAAUAAGGCCCCAAAUUUUGUUUUCCUGAUGGAGACAAAAUUUAGAAGAAACAAGGUUGAGAGAAUCAAGAACUUUCUGAAAAUGGAAAACAGUUUUAUAGUAGAAUGUAGAGGUUUGAGUGGAGGUUUGACAUUCUUAUGGAAGGAAGAAAUUGAUGCAGUCUUGGAAUCCUAUACUCAACAUCACAUCUCUUUAAAAGUUAAGAAUUCACUAGAUGGGAAGACAUGGAUUUUAACUGGGUUCUAUGGUGAUCCAAUUACUGCUAAGAGGCAGGGAAGCUGGCAGCUACUUAGAAGGUUGAAGCCAGCUAAUGACUUGGGGUGGCUCUGUGUUGGGGAUUUUAAUGAAAUUGUCUCUACUAAUGAGAAAUCUGGAGGAAUGAUGAGACCUUGUAGUCAGAUGGAAAGUUUCAGAGAGGCUUUGGAGGAAUGUGAACCAAGUGACAUAGGCUUUGUGGGGAACAAGUAUACCUCGUCUAACAAUCGAUAUGGGGCUGAGUUCACUAUAGAGAGGCUAGACAGAGGCUUAUGCAAUGCAAUAUGGACUGAAUGGAAUCCUAGAGCAAUGGUCCUUUCUUUAACUGCUCUUAAUUCUGAUCAUUGUCCACUUCUUAUCUCUAAGGAUAACCCCCAACAGGAUAUUAGUAGUCAUACCAAACCUUUCAGGUAUGAGGUGAGCUGGGCUCAAAGAGAAGCUUGCAACAAGUUGAUUACUGAAGAAUGGUCAAGGCCAAGACUAGCUUCUAAUAAGCUAAAUUAUGUUAUUGAAGGACUGAAGAGAUGUCAAUUUAAGUUGCAACAAUGGAGCAAACAAGCAAUGAGUGGCUCUAAGAAGGAAGUUAAGCACAAACUGCUCCAAAUCAAUAUUCUACAGAAGUGCAAUCAGAGACAUAUGAAUGAAAGAAUAAAAGUUUUGAAGAAAGAAGUUGUUAAACUGUUGGAAGAGGAGAACCUUAAAUGGAAGCAGAGGGCAAAGCAGAAAUGGCUUAAAGAGGGUGAUAGGAAUACCAAGUAUUUUCACCAAUGUGCUUCUCAGAGGAGUAAAGUUAAUAGAGUCAUCAAACUUUUUGAUGACACUAGCCAGGAAAUAACCAAUGCAGCUGCAAUUUGCCAGCAAUUUCAAGAUUUCUUCCAAGAUCUUUUCACUACAUCUUGUCCCCAGAACAUUGAUGGAUGCUUGGCUGCUACUAGACCCAAGGUAACUGAGGAGAUGAAUCAAGAUCUGAAGAGGCCAUACACUGCUCAGGAGAUUGAAGAAGCUUUGUUCCAAAUGGAUGGCUUGAGCUCACCUGGACCUGAUGGCUAUCCAGCUGCCUUCUUUCAACAACACUGGAAUAUAGUUGGCAGGCAAGUUAGUGAAUCAGCCCUCUUUGUGCUUAAUUCUAAAAGGCAACAUGGAUGA